UGCAGUUUUUUCUCCAUCUCUCGAUCUCCUGCCCAGAAUGCAGAGCAACGACAGUACAGAAGUGCCUGGUGUUGAGAACCAGAUGCCCGGCCCCUUUGAUGGACCGCAGUGGCCUCACCUGGCCCCCCGCAGUACCUACAUCUCCGUGGCAGUGCUAAUGGGAACUGUGGUAGUGUGUUCAAGUUUUGUUAACGGGCUGGUUCUUGUGGUUUCUCUGCGUUACAAGAAAUUGCGCUCUCCGCUUAACUACAUCCUGGUCAACUUGGCAGUUGCUGACCUCAUGGUGACCUUCUUCGGCAGCACUGUUAGCUUUUCCAACAACGUCAAUGGCUACUUCAUAAUGGGCGAAACUGUGUGCAAGUUUGAGGGCUUCAUGGUCUCCUUGACAGGUAUCGUAGGUCUCUGGUCUCUUGCCAUCCUGGCCUUUGAGCGCUACAUUGUUAUCUGCAAGCCAAUGGGAGAUUUCCGCUUCCAGCAGAAGCAUGCUGUGAUUGGCUGCUCCUUCACAUGGGUGUGGUCUCUGAUCUGGACGGCUCCUCCUCUCUUUGGCUGGUGCAGCUACGUUCCUGAAGGGUUGAGGACCUCCUGUGGUCCUAACUGGUACACCGGGGGUUCCAACAAUAACUCAUACGUGCUGAUGCUGUUUGUUACCUGCUUCGUGAUGCCUCUUAGCAUGAUCAUUUUCUCUUACGGCAACCUGCUUGUAACGUUGCGAGCUGUGGCAGCGCAACAGAAAGAAUCCGAGACCACUCAGCGUGCCGAACGGGAGGUGACGCGCAUGGUGAUCGCCAUGGUGAUGGCCUUCCUGAUCUGCUGGUUGCCCUACACCACCUUCGCAUUGGUGGUAGCCAUCAACAAGGACAUUGUGAUACAGCCCACCCUUGCCUCGAUGCCCUCCUACUUCUCCAAGACCGCCACUGUCUACAAUCCCAUCAUUUACGUCUUCAUGAACAAGCAGUUCCGUAACUGCAUGCUGACGAUGAUGUGCUGUGGCAAGAACCCGUUCUCUACUGAAGACGAGAGCUCUGCAUCGGGCUCCAGCACAGCUGGCCGCACAGAGAUUAGUUCAGUGUCUGCAGGAGGGAGCAGCAAGGUCAACCCAGCUUAACACCUCCUGCACAGCCUGCACCCGCUCUCACCCCUACUAGUCUCAGCAUAGUUCAGUAUCUGCAGGAGGAAGCAGCAAGGUCACCCUAGCCUAACACCUCCACAGCCUACACCUGCUCUUACCCCUGCUAGUCUCAGCAUAGUUCAGUAUCUGCAGGAGGAAGCAGCAAGGUCACCCUAGCCUAACACCUGCACAGCCUGCACCUGCUCUCACCCCUGCUAGUCUCAGCAUAGUUCAGUAUCUGCAGGAGGAAGCAGCAAGGUCACCCUAGCCUAAUACCUGCACAGCCUGCACCUGCUCUCACCCCUGCUAGUCUCAGCAUAGUUCAGUAUCUGCAGGAGGAAGCAGCAAGGUCACCCUAGCCUAACACCUGCACAGCCUGCACCUGCUCUCACCCCUGCUAGUCUCAGCAUAGUUCAGUAUCUGCAGGAGGAAGCAGCAAGGUCACCCUAGCCUAAUACCUGCACAGCCUGCACCUGCUCUCACCCCUGCUAGUCUCAGCAUAGUUCAGUAUCUGCAGGAGGAAGCAGCAAGGUCACCCUAGCCUAACACCUGCACAGCUUACACCUGCUCUCACCCCUGCUAGUCUCA